CCUCCCCACCUGUCAUUCUAAACAUGUCGACAAAGUACGUGGAAAAUAACUGACUCAGCUGUGCUGCUAUUAAAAGAGCUCAAAUCCCAAAGUAUUGCUGUGGCUGGCCGGCCGGGCGGGUGGGAGGCCAUCGUGUUGGAGGAGCAGCUGAGGAGUGCAGCUACAGCUCCUCAGGAGAAGAACAAAUCCAGAGUCCAGAGCGCCUGCCGAGGCCUGCCGAGCAGAUAUUCUCCAGGAGAUGGACCCGGUGUGGACCACCACGGUUCUCCUGGUGCCAUGUGUGGUCGUGCUCACCGCCGGUCUUUUCUACCUGUACGGUGCCGUGAUCGGACUGUUGUCCAAAACAUCAGUACGCAAUAAGGUCGUGGUUAUAAGUGACGCUUUGUCUGGGCUCGGAAAAGAAUGUGCAGGUGUGUUUCACAAAGGAGGCGCAAGGCUGAUCCUCUGUGGGAAAAGCUGGGAGAAGCUCGAAGAACUCGCUGAUGAUUUGGCAAACGCCUCAGACCCCACAGUAACGUUUCCUCCUAAACUGGUACUGCUGGAUUUUGGAGAUAUGGACAGCAUGCCCGAGGUGAUCGCAGAGAUCAUGGAGUGUUACGGCUGCCUGGACAUCCUCAUCCUCAACAGCAGCAUGAAGGUCAAAGCUCCGGCACACAGUGUGUCUCUGGAGAUGGACAAGUUACUCAUGGACAACAACUACUUCGGACCGGCCACGCUGGCCAAAGGUGUGCUGCCCUCCAUGAUCUCCAGGAGAACCGGGCACCUGCUGCUGGUCAACAGCAUCCAGGGCAAACUGGCUGUGCCUUUUCGCACCACAUACGCAGCCUCUAAGCAUGCGGUUCAGGCUUUCUUUGACUGCCUGAGAGCUGAAGUGGAAGAGUAUGGCAUCGCGGUCAGCACCAUCACCCACACCUUCAUCAGCCCCUCUUCAUCUGAAAACGCUGACGCGGCCUCCUCCAAAUCCAUCUGCUCCUUUUUGUACACUCGGAAACUGCUCGGCGUUUCUCCGGACGAGGCGGCGGCUGAGAUUGUGAAGACGCUGAACAACAAGAGGAGGGAGGUGCUAAUCGCUCCCUCGCUCCCCAAGGUGGCCAUCUACACCAGGUCCUUCUUCCCUAACGUGUUCUUCGCCGUGAUGGCUGCAGGAGUGAACAACGCUGCUGCCGCUGAGAAGAUGUAGGAGUGUUAGUCCUAAAUGACAGGAACGUAAAACUGAAUGAAAUGAUGGCUCUGAAAAACGUGAGCAGACAAUUUGGCCUGCAAACAGCAGGUCGUCCUAAGCUGUUAUGGCCUCUUAUGGGACAGCUCAUAUGUGUUCACAGGUUUUCCUGUCACAGAGAUUCAUCUUCUGUACAUUUUAUAGCUUAACAUACAUACAAAAUCAUCCAAGUGCAGAAUUUACAUAACACAGUGGUUGAUUAUAAAGAAAAUGUUGGUUCUGCUUAUGUAUUUGUGGACUGGAUAACAUUUGGAAGACAAAUAAAAUAAUAUAUCA